GUUUAUAUUUCAUGUUCCUAGAUUAUGCUAGAUCUUAAAUCCUUCUUCAAGAGAAUACUCUCCAGUGGAAUCCAAACACAGGAGGAUAGAUCUGAAAUGAAGAGAAAGAGAAGAAUAAUUUUAAGUCCUGGAGGAGAUGCGAACCUAAGCUCAGAAGAAAAUAAUGAGUUAUCUCAAGGUGUAGUAAGUUCCCACUCUAAGUUCCGUGAACCUGGAUUAAGACUGUUGCGCUUCAGGACAGAGGAGUUGGAGACGUUUAAUAACCUGGUCGGGUCAGAGAGGAUUGGAUUGUUCCUCAGGAUGGAUGAGUGCUUCAUGCAAGCAGAUAGGGUACUGCUGGUACUGGUGUUAAUCUACUUCAAGAGAGGAAACCUAUCCCUAGAGGAGUACACAGAAUACAACUUCUGGACUGCUCUCUAUAUAGCUCAUGAUAUAGAAGAGGAGGUCACGUUCUUCAAGUAUGAGAUACUUCCCUGGGCGCUCGGAGAAAACUGGGACAACGAGAAGACUUCGUUCUUCGACAACAAGUUAAAUCUGUUCAAACGGAUGAAUUACCGAGCUAGUGUAUCCGAACCAACCAUCUUCGCUGUGCUGCACAUGUUGAAGAAUCCACAGAUAGGUUUAAGGGUGAGGAGAGAUGAUCAUGUUGGAAACUGGAAACGUGAAGAGGAUGCACAUGAGUUUGCAGAUCCCAGAGGACCAUACAGAACUCCUGAACCCUGUCUCAGGUGCUGCUAUAACAAGGCCCAGAGGGUGUUUGGAGAUAUUACUGAUGACGAGAUGGAAUAGUCCUAAACAUAUUUAGCAGCAGACCAAUGGGAUUGUUAACAAACCUUGAAUUAAAUAAGUGUCAUAAAUGAUUCACAACAGCACUGUAAAUUAAAGAAAUAAUUGGAAUAAGAUAGAUACUUUUAUUUUCUGAUUGAUUGCGUUACAAGGAGUGGUUUUCUAUUUCUUUUAGUAAGAAUAACAACCAUAUAAUAUAUCUAUUAGAACUAACCAGGAGAAGAAGAUCAAAUUAAAUUCACAUUAUCGGGAUGAAUUUGUGUUCUCGUUACUCCUGUAGUUCUGAUUUUACGCUCAAGUAUAAGAAAAGCAAAUAUAUUUAGUUACAUAUUAGCAAUUCAAAACAAGUUUUUUUUCGAGCAGUUACCAUUAGUUUGAAUUGUACUGUUGUGAAUCCUCUUAAUAUAUCUCGUUUGAUGAUGAGUUAUUUAAAGUAUUAAAAAGUUCAGACAUUAAUGUGAGUAAAUUAUCAAAUAUUUUGUCGUUGGUCUAUUUUCUCAUUCUGAUCAAUGUCAUUGAAACAGUUUUGUUGGUUUAAACAAAAUUUAUGAUAUCUACGUAUUCUGUAAUUGUAUCCAUACCCACCCUAGCUAGCUGAGCUUUAUCUUAUUGAUCGAAAAGUAAAUAAAAUAAAAAUAAAUAAAAAAAAUCAACAUUUAUUCGUUUAUCAAAAAUUCCUGGGAAUUCUGCAUAGUUAAUAUACUGUACUUAAUUAUUCUGUUUGCGUCAAAUUAAUUUGCUAUCUUCGGCCUAGGCUAAUCGUGUGACGCAAUUAUAAUUGUUAAAUAAUUUUCCGGUUCAAAAAUUUUCCAAUGUCACAAUAUCCAUUGUAAAUAUGUAUUUCAAAACUAGAUUUUUAGACAAUGAGUAAAUUCAGGCAGUGAUAAAUUAAAUCCAUAAAAUUUAUUUGAAUUAGUAAAUGUAGAAAGGUAAAAGAAAGCAAAAACAAACUAAUAUGUUGUAUUCGUGUCACGCUAAAGUGUAGUU